AUGACCUUAACCAAGAUGGAACUAACUCCAAUAUUGCUUAUUGGUUUCAUUCUUGUGCUAAGUAUCUAUACAACUUCAGCACAUAAAUACCAAGAAUUCACAACUACAAAUGAAGGACUAGAAGAUGAAAGUAGCUUAUUGACUUACAUUGUUCACGUCAAAAAGCCUUCACUUCAAUCUAAGGAGAGUUUGCAUGGUUGGUACCAUUCACUCUUGCCGGAAACCGCUACAAAAACUCAAAACCAGCAGCGUAUUAUUUUCUCAUACCGAAACAUUGUAGAUGGAUUCGCCGUGAAAUUGACCCCGGAGGAAGCCAAGGCUCUAGAAGAGAAUGAGGAGGUUCUAUCAACUCGGCUGGAGAAAAUGUAUUCAUUACACACAACUCACACUUCAAGCUUCUUGGGGUUACAACAAAAUCAAGACUUGUGGGGAAAUUCCAAUCAAGGUAAAGGGAUCAUAAUUGGAAUCGUCGACACAGGAAUAACCCUCUCACAUCCUUCCUUUUCUGAUGAGGGGAUGCCUUCACCACCUGCAAAAUGGAAUGGCCAUUGUGAAUUCACAGGGGAGAGGAUUUGUAACAAGAAGAUCAUUGGAGCAAGGACCUUUGUAAAUUCAUCCCUUCCAUACGAUGAUGUUGGCCAUGGAACUCACACAGCCAGCACGGCCGCUGGAAGGCCCGUGCAAGGUGCUAAUGUCUUUGGUAAUGCUAAUGGUACUGCAAUUGGCAUGGCACCAUAUGCACACUUGGCAAUUUACAAAGUAUGCAACAUCUACGGUUGUACUGAAAGUUCAAUAUUAGCUGGAAUGGAUGCUGCAGUUGAUGAUGAUGUUGAUGUACUUUCUCUCUCCCUCGGAGGACCCUCCUCUCCUUUCUUUGAAGAUGGAAUUGCACUUGGUGCAUUUAGUGCAAUUCAAAAGGGGAUUUUUGUUAGUUGUUCAGCUGCAAAUUCAGGUCCUUUUUAUGGUACUUUGUCUAAUGAAGCACCAUGGAUUCUAACUGUUGGUGCCAGCACAAUUGACAGAAAAAUUGAGGCAGUAGCUAAGCUUGGCGACGGGACAGAAUAUCUUGGAGAAUCAGUUUUCCAACCAAAAGACUUUGCAUCGACAUUAUUGCCACUUGUGUAUGCAGGUUCAAUUAAUACAAGUGAUGAUUCCAUUGCCUUUUGUGGUCCUAUUGCCAUGAAGAAGGUUGAUGUUAAGGGAAAAAUAGUUGUGUGUGAGCAAGGUGGGUUUGUUGGAAGAGUAGCCAAAGGUCAAGCAGUUAAAGAUGCCGGUGGUGCUGCUAUGAUACUUUUGAACAGUGAAGGUGAAGAUUUCAAUCCAAUUGCUGAUGUUCAUGUUCUACCUGCUGUGCAUGUAAGUUACUCUGCUGGUUUAAACAUCCAAGAUUAUAUAAAUUCAACUUCCACACCAAUGGCCACAAUUUUAUUCAAAGGAACUGUCAUUGGAAAUCCCAAUGCCCCUCAAGUUGCUUCAUUUUCAUCAAGAGGUCCAAGCAAAGCAAGCCCUGGAAUUCUGAAACCAGACAUACUUGGGCCUGGAUUGAACAUUCUUGCGGGAUGGCCUAUAUCAUUAGACAAUAGUACAUCAUCGUUUAACAUAAUUUCAGGUACCUCAAUGUCAUGUCCUCAUCUUAGUGGCAUUGCUGCUUUGUUGAAAAACUCUCAUCCAGAUUGGUCUCCAGCUGCUAUAAAAUCCGCAAUCAUGACAACUGCUAAUCAGGUUAAUCUUCAAGGUAAGCCUAUUUUGGACCAAAGAAUUCUACCAGCUGAUGUAUUUGCCACUGGUGCUGGACAUGUCAACCCUUCAAAAGCAAAUGAUCCGGGACUUGUUUAUGAUAUUGAAACAAAUGAUUAUGUUCCUUAUUUGUGUGGUUUGAAUUAUACUGAUAGACAAGUUGGAGUUAUUUUGCAACAAAAAGUGAAAUGCUCUGAUGUAAAGAGCAUACCACAAGCACAGCUUAAUUAUCCAUCGAUUUCGAUUCGGUUGGGGAAUACUUCACAGUUUUAUAGUAGAACAUUGACAAAUGUUGGACCUGUCAACACAACUUACAAUGUGGUAAUUGAUGUUCCUUUGGCAGUAGGUAUGAGUGUAAGGCCAUCACAAAUAACAUUCACUGAGAUGAAGCAAAAGGUAACAUAUUGGGUUGAUUUUAUACCUGAAGAUAAAGAGAAUAGAGGUGAUAACUUUAUUGCUCAAGGCUCUAUCAAAUGGGUUUCUGCAAAGUAUUCUGUUAGCAUUCCUAUUGCUGUUGUCUUUGAGUAUGUUGGCACGGUAAAUUAA